GAGAGAGAGAGAGAGAGAGAGAGAGAGAGAGAGAGAGAGAGAGAGAGAGAGAGAGAGAGAGAGAGAGAGAGAGAGAGAGGGAGGGGGCGAAGAGAGAGAGAGAGAGAGAGAGAGAGAGAGAGAGAGAGAGAGAGAGAGAGAGAGAGAGAGCUCAAGGUGUGA